UGGAAAGUCGUUAUUUAAUGGUUUUUUGGUUGCAGUAAACUUUUGAACUGACUUCUGAUAAAAGAAAGUAGGAAAAUAUUUACAAAUGAGGGAACGAUCUUUUCAUCCAAGUCGACAGACUACACUAGAUUUUAGGUCUUUUGUGACGUCGCAGUUAAAGUUACGAUGUGAUAUUUCACCUUCUCAUUGUAGUGAUUAUGUCACGAUAUACCCCAGAAAAAAUUCACUUUGAAUUAUAAAUAUUUUCAAUUAGCUGUUUCGUUUGUUAUGAAACGUUUUUACCUGUAAUAUAUAUGUAAGGAUGUUAUGUGAUAAGGACAAGGGUAUUAAGAAAUAUGUACUGAUCAUAUAAUAUAUUAGUAAUUCUUUAUUCAAUUGUAUGGACACAUAUGUAAGUGUACAUGAGAACUGUGCGGAGUAACCGGACCACAGGCAAUAGGAUGUGGCCAGAGGGAAAACACAGAAGGAGUAAAGCCGAAGUCAGACCACAUUCACUUCCGCACAAUUAAGCAAGCGACUCUUGUUAAGAUGCCGAAUAGAAAUUACAAAAAAUGGAAUUUGGAAUUAAUGUCUCAAAUUGAUGAGUCGUUCUUUUAUGACGCAUAAUUGGAAUGAAGCAAUUGCCUGUUAGUUUAGAAAAUAGGGAAAUUGAUAAGAAAGGGAAUCAGCCAAUUGUAAGCUUUGUUACAAUGUGUCUGAGGAAAACCCAGAGUAUAUAAGGGUUGCACAAAGGAAGUGAGGACCACUUCAUAAUAGUUAGUUCAAGCGCUCUGAAAUAGGAAGACGGUCCAUCCUCUAGGGGGAGCCGCUGCACCUAGAGCACCUAGAGGGUUCUGCGAAAGACAGGCUGACCACAGGUCUCCACAUUUCCAGGCAUCAUGUACACCGCCGCAGUUACCAUACUCUAUCCAGAACUCCAGGACAGUCGGAUGCUACUGCAUCUUCAGAAGUUUCUAUCUGGGCUCCAGGUGAUGUCAGUUCAUAUACAGGCUUACAGUCAAGAAGAAAAGGAAUUCCGGUGUCACAAUGGGACCCCGCCACUCUGUGUACUGCUCGCGUCGAACCCUACAACCAAGCAUGAACUCACGAGACUCUCCCAGAGCCGCAAUAUGUCUCGUCUUAGCUGGCUCUUAUUCCUCGACGAUACGACCUCCCUAGAACAUUUCUUCUAUGGCAUCAACAUACCAUUUGAUUGUAAUUUUCUCGUGGCGCAGCCUCGAGAGAACAGAAUUCAUUUGACGGAGGUUUAUAGGGUUGCAGAGGGAAUGUCCUUAUUAAAGUACUCGUAUGCAGUAUGGAAUCCUGACCGUGGUGCUAGACGGACCACAACUAAGCUGUAUGAACGAAGAAAUAAUCUUCAUGGUGUCCACAUGAAAGGAGCCGCGAUAGAAGACCCUCCAAUUACGAUAUUAAAGGAAACAGACGAAAUAGUAACAGUUGACGGAUUCUUUGGUCAAGUGUGGGCCUUGUUAGAGAGAAGGCUGAAUUUCACAACAUCCUUCAAGAGGGCUGCUGCUUAUGGUAAACUCGUCAACGGCUCAUGGAAUGGUUUGGUCAAAAUGCUGAGAACCCACGAGGUGGACGUUGGGCUUAGUGAGUUUACCAUGACUCAGGAACGUUUGGGAGCUGUAGACUUCACAUUUCCCCUCAUCAUCACAAGGUACAAUGUUCUCAUACAGCAAUUGUUACAUGAAGUCCUCUCCUGGGAUGAUUUUCUGAAGCCAUUUUCUACAGGCUUAUGGCUCAUGGUUGGCAUCUCAGUGCUUGUUUUGUCCUUCAUGUUGUCAGCAUUCCAUAACUUAGGUCGUCACUAUGGUAAUGCUGAAGCUGAUGACCCCUCACGAUAUGGCUUGUAUGAUUCGUUGUGCUGUGUCUUCAGUAUAUUUUGCCAACAAGGACAAGAUUUCACACCAAAGUCAAUUUCAUGCCGGCUUGUGUUCCUGACAGCAUACCUGACAGCUGUGAUUUUAUUGUCUGCAUACUCUGCAGCUUUAAUCUCAUUCCUCACCAAACAAAGUGUAGUCAUGCCCUUCAGGGAUCUCCAGGGACUACUCAAGGAUGGCACCUACAGGCUGGGCAUCAUGCCAGAUUCAGCUGAAUAUGAAAUGUUUGAAAAUUCAGCCAGUGGUUACAUGCACGAGCUGUUCACGAAGCUGAUCCAGCAUGAGUCAAGCUUGCUAAACACUGCUGAGGAAGGAAUAAAGCAGGUCUGCUUGGACAAGUAUGCUUUCGUGACUACACUCCAUCUUAUCACAUGGCAUCCUGUUCCAUGCGAUGUCAUGGCACUGCCUGAUGAAUCAUUUCCAGUCAGCAUGGCAAUUGCACUUUCCAAGAAUAAUCCCUACAAGAGAAUCAUAGACUACAACUUGCAUAAUCUGCGGGAUAAUGGGAUACUGAAACGUCUACGUCUUCAGUGGUGGAAACCACAGCUUCCUCAACUGAAAAGUCCCUGGUUCACAGUAGACUUCUACAGUGUAACACCCAUUUUGGUUCUCAUGGCAGCAGGUGUCAUAAUAGCAGGUAUUUUUUUGGUACUAGAGAGAAAAUGGCAUCAGUGUCAACAUAAAGAGCCCUGUGAAAUUCUCCAUUGUAAUGCUUCUAGCAAAAUUAAUUUCUCUGAAUAAUUUGAACUUAAGUAAAAGAUACAGUUAGAUCAGAUUUACUAUUUGUUUCUUACAGUGACCACUUGCACUAUCCCGUGGUUUUAACGAACCCAACUUCAGUUGGGUUUGUUAAAACAAAAAUACAGAUUUAUGAAGUUAGUGCAAAAGUUUCUUUCAUGACACUCCAGUGAUGUGCACAGGCCAGACUAAGUCAUUGGUGGAACAAGAUAUAUUCUGCAUUGCUUUAUGGAACCUGGUAAUUAAAAAGAAUCACUUGAUUAAAUGAAGUAUUGUCUUUGGUUUCUGAACACCAUCCCAUUGGGAAGGGAACAAGAUAUUGAGUAUAAUACUUAAACCAAAGGGAGAGGAAGUAAUAUGAGGAUGGAGAAAAUUACAUGAUGAGUAGCUUCAUAAUGUGCACUUUC